CCUUUAUUGCCGUGCUGUUAUGUUAAAUAUAUUAUAUUAAAAUUAAUUAAAAUAAUAUGUAAUUAAUAAACAUAACUGUAUACCUACUCAUUUUAUUUACGGUAUUUGUAUCAUUCUCUUUCUAUUUAGAUUGGUAUAUAAUAUUUUAGAUUUUAAUUAUUUAUACAAAUUAAAAUAAAAGAUGGAACUGAAUAAAAAAAUCAUAAGAGUGGGAAUAUUAACGAGUAAGACAUAUUAUAAUAUAUAUAAUAUAUAAUAAUUCAUAAUGUAUUAUAAUACUAUUUUUAGUUAGUGAUACCAGAACUUCAUCAGCAUCUAAUAUACAAACAUUUGACUUCAGUGGCCAUAAUUUAAAAGAACUAAUCAAUAAAUUUAAUGUCAUUGAAUCAGCCAAAGUAAUUGAAUAUGAAUGUAUUAUUGAUGAUAUCAAACAAAUUCAGGUAAGAAGUAUAUAUCUACAUACCUUCUUAUAGUAAGUUUACAAUGGUCUUUUUUAUUUUUUUGUAAAAUUUGAUUGACUAAAUUGCUUAGUUUGUUUUUUUUUUAUGAAGAUAUUUAGGUACCUAUAUAGCAUUGUAAUUUUACAUCUUUUAAAUGCCUGCCUAAUAAUUUUAGUUAAACAAGUUGCAAAGGUUUUUAAACAUUAAAAUAUAAUUCCAAAUACAAUUUUAAUAACCUAGUAGGUAUAUCAUGUUUGUGAGACCUAACACCUAAAUAAACUAAAUAUUUUAAUUUUUAAAUAGUUGGCAACAGAUAUAGACUGUUUUAAAAUUCUUAGUAAAUACUUAUCUACUUACUACUUAAAUUUUAGUAAUAAUUGAUAAUAGCAUAACAAAUAUAUAUUUAAAUUAGAAUAAUAAUAAUGUUAAAAAUUCAACCUUAUCCUUAUUGUAAUCCUUGGCAACCAUAUCUAUAACCAUAACUGUACUAGAAUACAUGUAUAAGGUGUAUAUAAUGGGGUUAUACAAUGUUCUAAACUCAUGUUUAAAAACCUAAAAUAUACAACAUUUUUUUAAGGCUAAAAUGAUUGAAUGGUGUUCUGAAAGAAAAGUUGAUAUUUUAUUAACCACCGGUGGUACUGGUUUUAGUCCAAGAGAUGUUACUCCCGAAGCUACAUUGGGGGUUGUUCAGAAAUUAACACCUGGUAUAAGUCAAGCAAUUAUGAAUGUGAGUUUAAAAAUUACCCCAAUGGCAAUGUUGUCCAGGUAGGUAUCCAUAUUUUUAGAAAAAUACUAAUUAGAAAAAAAUACAUUUUUGUGAUUUCAGUACUUACAACAUUUUUUUUUAUAAAAUACAUAUAUUUAUAACACUAUUCAAAUUUCAAAAUAUAUUUACUAUGUGUAUCUUUUCAUUCAAUUUUAGAGCAGUAUCUGGAAUAUAUGAAAAAACUUUAAUCAUCAAUUUACCUGGUAGUAAAACUGCUUCUGAACAGUGUUUACGAGCUAUUGUUGAUGCAAUGCCUCAUGCAGUUGCAUUAAUAAAGGAUGAAAAAAAUGUCCAUAGUCAAUUUAAUUCUACCACAAACAAUGAGUAUAGAGUUCCGGUAUGUAGUUGCCUACUUAAUUUUGUUUUUUGGCUUUUUACAAUCAACAUAAUAAUUGCCUAUUAAUUUGAAAAUAUUUUUAGGAUUGUGUUUCCAAAAUAGCUUGUCGUUAUAGAGAAUCGCCAUUUCCAAAAAUAAAUAUAACAUCAGCUCUAAGUAUCUUAGAAGAAAAUAGUUUUUCACAACUCGAUAAAAAUAAUAGAAUUAUGUUAGUUAACUUUUUUCAAUAAAAAAAAAAAUAAAUUACUUAUACUAGAUAAGAUUGAAUAAUAUUGACAUGCAGACUGAGCUACCAAGUAAGCUUGGUCUGUGUCUUGCUGUGAGGGUAGUGUAAUAGUGGGUAUGAGAGAAUGGAAUGUAUUUUUUUUGUUUGAGCGGUCAAUCUUAACCUGAAUAGAGUAUAGGUAUUAAUAACAAAAUAAGUAUCUACCUAAUUUAUGCUUAUUAGAUAUCCAUCUGUUUGUAUAUUUUCAACUGGAGAUGAAAUUGGAAAUGGUCAAGGUACACAAAUUAGAGACACAAAUUCUGUUAUGAUUAAACAGAUACUGGCACAAGAUAAUUAUAUGGGCAAAGUAUUUUUAACUGGUGUAGCCAAAGACAAGUGUGUAUUUAUCUUUAGUAUUAACUAUUAGUUGUAAUAUUUAAGUAUAGUUUAUUCAUUAAAUAUUUAUGUGUACUUUUAUGUUUAAAAUAUUAUUAUUUUUUUUAAAUUUUGUAUUUUAAGUUGGAUUGAUCUGUGUAAAAUGUUUGAAAAUGCAUUUGAAAAUGCAGAUAUAAUUGUUACAAGUGGCGGUGUUUCAAUGGGUGAAAAAGAUUUAAUAAAACAUGUUCUUAGGGAACAUUUUAAUGGUGAUAUUCUUUUUGGCAGAGUUGAUAUGAAACCAGGGUAUAUAUAAUACAAAUAAUAAUAUACUUAUAAUUUAUAUAUAAGUAUACAAAAUUAAAUUAAAUUUGAUUUACAGAAUGCCAACUACAUUUGUGACACUUUGUUUUAAAAAUAAAAAAAAGUAUGUAUUUUCUUUACCUGGUAAUCCAGUGUCUGCUGGUGUAUGCACCCAUUUAUUCUUGUUACCAUAUUUGAGAAUAAUUUCUAGUAGAAAAUCAAUUACUCAUUCUUUUAAAGCAAAGGUAAUAUUUUACGAAUUGUAUAGGUAUUACCUAAUAGUAUACUUUUAUGUUUAUAGUUAACACAUUCAAUAAAUGAAUUGGAUAUAAGACCAGAAUAUAGAAGAGCGUUAUUGAAGUAUGAAGAAGGAAAACUAUAUGUAUCUUGUUUAAGUAAACAAAUAUUAUUUAUAAUAAUAAUUUUUAUUGAAUUCCAAUUAUACAAAAUAACAAUAGAAUUACAUAAGGUAUAAUCAAAGAGUCAGUUAUCUCCAAGCCAAUAGCUGUGCUGAGAUGAGUAUUCAAUUAUUUGACCAAAAAAAUUGAAUUAAUAAGAUGUGUAGUAUACAAUUAAAUGGCAUAUUAAACAACAAACAAUAAAAACCUAAAAACAUAAUUUAAUUUGCUACUAAAUAUAAUUGCUGUAUCAUCUGCAAACAAAAUAUUUCUUAGGAAGCCCAUUAAUAUAAAUAAUAAAAAGUAAAUGAUCUACUACAGUUCCUUGAAGCACAAAAUAUUUUGUAGGUAACAUAUUACUAUAUAUAUAUAUAUAUAUACUAUACUAUACUAUACUAUAUAUAUAUAUAUUGUUUAAUUUAACCCUUCGGUAUCUAUUGGUAAUGAGCGACUUAAAAAAAAUUAAUAAUAAAUAAAAAAAAUAAAUAAAUAAAAAUAAAUAAUUUGUCUAGAACAAUAAAGUAUGUCAUUGGUCAAAAUAAUGUUCUUAAACACAAACUGUUUUUAUUAAAAAAAUUAUUUUUAAUUAAAAACUCUAUUAAUUUUACUUUGACACAUUUGGCAAGGACUUUAGAUAUUGUCAAUGUUAAAGUUAUUGGCCUAUAAUUUAUAAAAUUAUUUUAGAUUUUGUGUACAAAAAUUCCACUAGAUAUCUUGCUCUGAAGUAUCAAGUAUAGCACCUUUUCUAAAAGGGAAUUUUCUAGGAUUUUCAUAAUUAAUGGGAAAAACCUAAAAUGACAGAAACCUUGGGAGGGGGGAUUAGUAUAAUAUUAAACAAAUAUAAAAAUAAUAUAUUAAAGAAAAUAUAUUAAAAUGCAUGUAUAAUUAUUUUACCAUAAUAUGACACAUUAUAUUAUGUUAUAUUGUACAAUAUACAAUAUAUAUUAUAUUAUCAAUAGUUCAUUGUAGUUUUUUUUAAUAAUUGAACAAAAUUGAAAUAUAGUAGAACGAACAGGAAAAUUUAUAAAAAUAAUACUUUUAUUAUUUUAAGUUUUGUUUUUUUAUUGUAAUUCAGUGAAAAACAUCCCUGAAGACUUGAUAUUUUGACAGAAACAUUAUAUUUGUCUUUUAUAGACAUAGUUAAAUUUUCAAAACAUUUAAGCCAUUUUUAAGCUACUAGACAUUUCAAUUUUGCGAGGUUUUUAUAUUUAUUCAGUAGGUACUCUAUGUAUAUAAUUAUUAGACCAAACAGAAAAGCUUGAACAUUUUUGAAUUUAAUGUAAUAUUUACUGAACUUUACUUAGAAUUGUUUUUUCCCCUCUAUAUCCUACAUUUCCAACUUCUUACCUACAACAGUUGUUCAUCCAUUGUGCAAAGUAUAUCCAUCUUUUUAAUAUUAGAGUUUUUUGAAAGUGAUAUAAGUACUGAUUUUUUUAAAAUCAAAAAGAAAUUCUCUUACUAAUAGCUGUUUGUUAAAUAUAAUUUAUCGCGGUAGCGAUACAUAAUAAUAGUUAUCUUUUUUUAUACAGUAUUAGACAUAGAUCAUUCAUAUAAUAAGGUAUAGUCUUUACAUUUAUCAAUAAAAUACAUUUUUUCACUUUACUAAAAUAAUUUGAGUAGUUCUUAACAUAACAAUAGUGAUAUAGUUCAUUCCAGCCUAUAAGUUUAGAAAUGUCUAUUUCUGCAUUAAAAAAACUUAUUAUGUAUGUUAACAAUUUCACUUUUGUUUGUAAUAAUAUUAUUACCAGACUCAUUAUGUUUAUAUCUUAAUUAGUUUUUGUAUUGAUGCUUCUUUUACUCACUCCCAUAAGUAUCGGUUUUAACUGUUACCAGUCUUAUUAAUUUUGUUAAGAUAAUACUUAUUUUUUUGCAUAUAUAUAUAUUUUAACUUAUUUUAUCAAUUUGUUCAAUACAUUUCUGUAGAAAUAUAUUUAUUUUUAAAAUAACAUGCAAUAGUUACUAAACAGUUUUCCUUUACAUCUUUUCUUUCACUCUAAUUGAGAUAACAAGGUCUGCUGAAAUUCACAUUUUCAAUUUACAAUUUUAUUAGUAUUACAGUUAUGGUUGAUAACACUUGAUUUUAUAAAAUCAUUAAUUUUAUCAUUAAAGAUAUCAACUGACUGUAUAACUUUAUUUUCUAAUAGAGAAAUUUAAUCCUAUUUUUUUUAUUAAAAUAUUUGAAUUUGAAUGAUUCACUUUAAUAUAAUCUGAGUUUACAUCAUUAUUAAUAUAUAUUAUAUAUAUAUGUAUUUUUAUAUUUUUAGAUCUUCUGUAUUAAUAUUUAAUAUUAAACUAAAAUGGUCCAUUGAAGGAUAUACAAUUUAAUACAGUGAUUAUUUAUAUUUUAAACUAUAACAAAACUGCUCUUAUAGUAUUACAUAUUUUACUUUCAUUCAACUUGAAUUAAUUUAGAAAUGUCUUAUAUUAUUCAAAACAUUAGGUAGGUACCUACUAUAAUCUUAUAUAUAUUUUGACUAAUAUAAACUUAUAAUAUUACCUAUAAUAUAGGUUUAUAUCAGUCAAAACAUCUUAGUUAAUUUAAUUAAAAUAUUAUGUACUGUUAUUAUUAUUUUUUUUUUUAAAGAGUAUUUUCUAUGAAUAUUUGAAGAAAAUCAAUUAUAAUAAUAUAAUAUAUAAUAUGUAUUAUGUAUGUAAUAUGUACUUAGGUAUGUAUCUAUGUAGGUAUGUAACAUACAAUAAUUUUGCUGAUCAAUAUUUUGAUCACAGAUAUCCCAAGCAUCAAUCUACUAAUAGUAAAUACAAAAUUACACAUAAAUAGUUAUGCAAUUAUUGAAAUAAAUUUAUUAAAAAAUAGUCCAUAUUAAAUUAAAAAUAAACAAAAGACUAUUAAAAUAAAGUUAUUAUAAUUAAAAAGAAAUAUUAUUAUUAUAGGUAUACUUGCACAAAUAAUUAAUGGUAUUAAUAGCCUACUCACAAAAUUUUAUUUUAUUUCAUUGAGAAAUACAUUUAAAGUAAUUUAAAAUGUAUAUUUAAAUCUAAAAUAAUUUAGAUGAACAGUGAUAGUUUUAAAGGAUCAUAUUUAUGGAUUAUAAUUUUUCUAGCAAUAAUAUAAUAGUUUUUAUAGUGUGUUGGACUUUAUAGUUGCAUAAACAAAAAAUAAACAACUUUAUAAAACUUAUAUAGUCUUUGCUACAUUCAGAAUCUAAAAUUGUGAAAAUGAUUGUAUAUUGCUUACAACACUAUUGAACCAACUGCAUGUACUUUGGUCAGUUAGAUACUGUUACCAAUAAAUGUUUUAUACUUUAUUAGAUAAUCAUCAACAAAGUAGCAGACUUUUGAGUUUUGUGGGAUGUAAUUGUUUACUGAAAUUGCCUUCAGCAUCAACUCAUUCAAAUGUAAAAGAAAAUAUGAUAUUAGAAGUCAUAUUAAUUAAACCUAUGGAAAAUUCAUAUGUCGCGCCUUUUUUAAAUAAACCAAUGUUGAACAUGAAGGUAAAUAGUUUAUUACUUUAAUAAUUUAAAUUUAAAACUUUAACUCUGAUAUAAAACUUUUUUAGGUACUUAUAUUUUAAAUAUUAUACAAUAUCUAAGCCUUAUAUAAAAAUAUAUCUAAAAUUAAAGAGAAAACCUAUUUAAAAGAGGCGUUUAACUUAUAUAUAUAUAUAUUUGUAUAAGCAAUUUUAUAUUAUUUUUUUUAAUAAAACUGAAUUAACAGUACAUCUUCAAAACUAUUAAAAUUAUCAAUGUAUUUUUUUUAUUUUAAAAAUAUUUUAUUGUGCUAUCAAAUAAUAUAAAUGAAUAAAUCAACAAUUAUUAUUUUAUAAAAAAAUAAAAUGUUUUAAAAAUAAAUCGUGUUUAAGACCAACUAACACCGUAUUUACUACAUUUUUUUUCUUAUAUUUAUUAUGCUAUUGAAUAAUAUUCCCAAAACCUAACUUUUUUAUUAUUUUUUUAUUAUUUGACUAAAUAGGCUAUCCAAUCCCAAUGAUAGAACUCAAAAAACCUAACUUAACCAAAUUUUAUUUUACUAUUUUUCAUAAUUUCUGAGUUAUCCAUUGUUAAAUUGUUAUGAUUGAUAAGUUUAGAAUUCUCAAAAUCCUAAAUAUAGAAAGAUAAGAAAAUUUUAAAUCUUUGAAAACCUGAGUUAAUUAGUUACAUUAUAACUGUCUGUAUUUAGAUUUAAAAUAGGGAGGGAUGGAUUGAGAGGAGGGUGUAAGAGUUAGAUACCUCUUUAAAAGUAUUUUAUCUGUAGAUUUUGGUAUAUUUUCAUAUGCCGCCAGAAUCUGAUCAUUUUCACUCUGAUACAUUGUAUACCUAUUGCUUGUUUUUAUAGUUGUCCUCAAACCAAAGUAUUAUGUUGGACCAGACUUCUAUACAAUUAUCCAUUAGUGUAAAAGAUGUUUUCAAUUUAAUGACCAAUCACAUACUUUCUUUAAAAACUGAGAAUAUUCCUACUAUGUAAGUUCAUCAUUUUGACAAUAAAUUUGUAAUGCAUAUUACAGAUAAUAUAUAAACACAAUAUAUUACAAUAACAAAUUACAUAUUUAACAUAUUCUUAGUUCUUAAGAGAAAUUAAUGUUUCAGUGACGCCAUGGGUUAUGUUUUACAUAAGUCUAUUUAUUCUCCAGAAAAUUUACCAAAUUUUCCAGCUUCAAUUAAAGAUGGAUAUGCUAUUAAAUAUAAUAACAAUGGUUCUUGGUCUCAAAAGUCUCAUGUCUUUAGAGUUAUACAAAUAUCAGUAGCUGGGACAGAAGUAUUUUUUAUAUUUAACAAAAUGAACCAAUUUAUAUUUUCAAUUAAAAAUAUUUUACAGUUAAAAAGUCAAAAAGAAAUAAUUGAAGGUACAUGUUGUCGAAUAAGUACCGGAGCACCCUUACCAUUGGGUGCUAAUUGUGUGAUACCAAUUGAAAAUACUUCUAUUGUUUCUAAAUCAAAAGAUGAAAAAAUUGAACUGAGCAUUGCUGUAUUAGAAGAGCCUAAAUUAUUUGAUAAUAUAAGGUAAAUAUACCUAAAAAAAUGUUUUGAGAAUAAAUUAUAUUAGAUAGGUUACCUAACCUACCCAAGUAAUAUAUUAUUAUUUUAGAAGUAUUGGUUCGGAUAUUUCUGUUGGGCAACUUCUCAUAGAUGAAAAAACUGAACUUGGUCCUUUUGAAAUUGCGUUAUUACGGUCUGUUGGUUGUGAGGAAGUCAGUGUAUACAGGUUGUAUGAUUUAAUUAGAUAUAAAUAUAUUAAAAUUAGGUAUGUUGGCGUUUAAUCAUAGACUUAAUUCAUCAUUAAAUGAAUACAUUAGAUGUGUAAGUCUAUGCAUAUAACAGGUCCGUUUUCCUGGCACCCCCACCAAUAAAUUUGGGGUAGUACUUUAAGGAGGUGGUUUUUUGAUUUUCACAGCAGUUUUCCCAAUAAAAGGGAAAAGAAAUAAAAAACAUUGGAAAAUAUAGGAAAAUAGGACAAAUAUUUAUGGCGUAACAAUUUUAUGAUUACAUAAUUUUGUAACUUAUGUCUUCUUUUUGGUUUAAUCAAAAAGGACUAGAGACCUUUUUUGUCACAUAUUGGAUUUAGUUGCCAGAAAGAAAGUCGUUUUUUGAUUUUUUAAGUGGUUUUCGUAAUAAUUGAGAAAAACCAAAAAAAAAGACGAAAAAUAAAAAUUGGUAAUGGUUUAAUUAUGUUUAAUUAUGGUUUUAUUGUUGUAAUUCAGAUUAUUCCUAGGGAUUUGUAAUUUUUAAACAAAAUACAUUUUUUUGUUUUUUGGCCUUAUUUAAAUUUCUCAAACAUAUGAGCCAUUUUUAAACUAUUUAUAAAGGUUUUAAUUUUGCAAAUUUUUUAUAUAAUUGAAAAAUUAAAACUUGAAAGCGGACAAAUAUGAUUAGUUGUAAAAAAGAAAAUGCAUAAUGUUACAAAAAGAAAUCCAGGCUAUAUUGAUUUUAAAACAAUUAAUGAUCUAAUGAACUUGGAUCCUAAGUUACACAUAAUUUCUAUACAUAAUAUACAUAAUACCUAUACAUAAUUUUUUAGUAAAAAAUGUAGGAAAAUGCAAUUUCAUUAUUUCUCAACAUCUACUAUCAAAAUAUCUACAGUGUAAACAAUAAACUUUUGUUACUCAAUUCACAAUUUCCGCCUGCUCAUUUUUAUUUUUUAUUGAAAUUAACACAGAAAUGACAUCAAUACUUAAAUUUUAUGAAUCGGAUUAUUUCCAUUAAUAUAGCUUCUACAGAGCUGACAAAAACAAUAAAUCUAGUGUCUCUUCAAGAGGAGAUCUAAUAGCCGUGAAUAAAUACUAUAGUUUAGAAUCUAGAUUACUUUUUUCAAUUAUUAAUGUAGAACAAAUUUUCAGUAAUUUAGUUUAUAGAUGUACAAUAAUUAUUGAUGUUGUUUAUAUAUCUAUUAAGUCUGAUAAACAAUUAUUCUUAGAUCAUUUUUUCACUGUCCGAAAUUAACUUAUUGAAAAUCCUAAUUUCGAUAUUACUUUACUGAAUAAUUAUAUUAUACCAUCUGUCUCAUUUUAUGUCUGUAAAUUUACACCGAAAACACAUAAUAUUUUUUGUAAGUAGUAAAAAUAUUUUAUUAUUCUAGAAUUUCAUAUUUAUAAUUAAUCUGUAAAUUAAGUAAUAUGGCUCUAAUUGAUUUUUUUCAUUUAUAAUAAUAUUACUAAAGAUGUUAUGUGAAUAAUAUCACAUUCUGAAAUACUUUAUAAAUUACUAAAUACUAUAUUAUAUUGUAAUAAUAUAUUGUUGUUUUAUAUGAAGUUUUAUUUGAAUAUGAAGUCAUGGUUGAAAAAAAUUAAAUAAAUAAUUUGGACUGUUUAGAUAGUCAGAGUUAUUGACACAAAAAAAAUCCAAUAUACUGUAUUAUGUAAUAUAUUUAUAUAAUACAAUUAAUAGUUUAUACUAAACAACAGUCAGUAAAACUCACCAAAAUAAAGUUCUGGAAUUAUAAAUAAAUCUAAGUAUUUUCCAAUGUGAGUACAUUAACAUGAAUUAAUCAAUUGUCAUUUCAUGAUUAAAUAAUAGAAAUAAAUUUGUUCAUAUUUUAUUUUAAAAAAAAUAUACCUAAUUAUCAUAUGUUCUAAAAAUUUUCAACUAUUAAAAACAGCAAAUCAUCUUUUAACAAAAAUAUUCAUAGAUAGCACUAAUAUGGGCUUACAACCAAACAUAAUGAAUUAUAUGUACAAAUAUGGACUUGCAAUAGUUAUUGUACAUGUCAGAAAGAAGUGUAACUAUUUCCCCAGUACCCCCUAUAAAAAUCAGCUGUAUCUUGGAAAGUUUAAAGCACAAAUGCCAGAAUUAAUGGCACAAAUCAGCACAAAAAAGGCACUUGGUUUCGUUUCAAAAUUCAUUGGUGGAGAUGCUAGGGAAAUGGACCUAUGAGUAAACUGUCUACUGGUAAGUUAGGCAAGUUGGUUACUGUAACAUGGUUACUUAAUCUUUUUAGUUAACAGUUUAGUGAAUUUAGUAAACGUUUAUUUUGAGUUGGUUUAAUCAAAUACAGGAUAUUCAGGUUUUUAUUUAUAGUGUUUAUAUUAUAUACUAACUGGCAGUAGAAAUUACAAUAUCUAAUUAUAAUUUUAAUUAAUUAUAUUUAUUUGAUUAAUCUAUAUCAAUAAGCUGAUGAAGAAAAUCAAAUUAAUUGUAAAACAGUUGUUAAGUAAUAUUUUAGUUACUUAACUAACUUUGAUGUCAUCAUAUUAUGCAUUAUUAAUUUAUUAUUCACUCUUUGCUUUUGGGCAAAAAUACUGAUUCCAAAUUAAGUACUGAAUUUAACAUAGUUAAAUUUUUCAGAUAACAUAUAAGUUUCAUCAUGACCAUGAUAUGUUAUUAAUAUAUAUCAUCAGAUUCGAUUAUGUCUAUCAUAAUUAAUAUAUAAUAUAACCAUAAACUUAAUCACUAAACUAUUUACAGUGCCAAAAUAAGUCUAUUGAUAUCCAUAUACAUUCAUUUUUAAUUUUUAUUUUAUCAAUGCUUGUUACUAGAUACCCAACCAUAUAUAUUAUUCAAUGUUGCAAUACAUGUCUUAUGUGGAAAAUAUUAUCUAAUAUUUUGAUAUUAGAUGGUUUUAAAGGAAAAACUGCCAGUCAUACUUUUAGUAAAAAGUUAGUAAAUUCUACGAAAACAUUUUAUAAAAUACCUAAUUAAAAAUAUAUAUUAAUAUUUUUCAUAUUUGAUAUUAUGAAGCUCAAAUAAUCUUCCUGCGGAACUUGAGAAGAUCUUUACAGAUUAUGAUAUAGUUAUUGUCUGUGGAAAAAGUGAAAUACAUGUUAAUACAAUGUCUAAUGUAGAAAUGCAUAUUAAUGUAAAUAAUAAUGACCCAAAGUAAAUAUGAAAAUUAAAAGUCUAUACCUACUUAACAAUAAUUAAACUAAAUAAGUAAACAAAAAUUUAAAUAUGUUCACAGAAUUUCAUUUGAAUACGGUGUAGUUGUAUCCACAAAAAGAACAAAAUCAGCUUUUUUUCAUAUUAAAUGCUGUGACAUUGAUUCAAGUAUUAUUGGACAUCUAUUUAUACUGCCAUUUUUAAGAUUUUCUAUUUGUAGAAAAACACAUAUUUCCAUAAAAGCUAAAGUAAUAAAUAUUUUAUUUAUUUAAAACUAUUUAAGGUCCUACCUUAAAAAAUAAGCAGAUAAAAAAAGGGAAGGAGUUAAUAUAUUGUUUUAUUAAUUGAUAUAAGAUAUUAAUUAAAAUAUUAUUUACAGUUAAUGAAUUCGAUUGCUUUAUCAAUAACAACAUUUAAAGAAGCCAACCUCAAUUACAUAAAUGAAAAUUUUAAUGUAGAAUGUUACACAGAUUAUAAAAAUAAAAGUAAAUAUUAGCCAUUUUUAUUUUUAUUUAUUAAUUAUAUAAAUAAUAUAUUAAUAUAAUAAAUAUAUUAUUUUAUAAUAAUAUAUUUAUUUAUUUUUUAGUAUUUAUUUUUGCAAUAAUAUUUGUGUAAAUAUAAAAGUUAAUUUAUAUUAUACAUACGUUUUAAAAUAUUAAGUACACAUAACACACUAAAGUAGAUAGCCAUUUAAAAACUUUCUCAUUUAUAAUUGUUUAAAAAAAAAAAACAGCAGAUUAUUUAUAUGAAUUGUGUUGUUUUUAAUUUUAGACCCUGAUUGUCUUAUAAAAUUGCCAUCUUCUACUGAUGAAUUGGAAGAAUUGGUUGCAAAAACUGAAGUAGAUAUUAUUGUAACUAAAAAUUCUAAUUCUUAUUUCAUUCAUUAUUAAUAUAUGUUUAUUUAUUAUAAAAUUGUUUUGUUGUAAAUGUUAAUAGGUUAUACAUUUAUAUUUUGUAUUACUACACUUAAUCAAAUACCUACCACUUUCAGAUUUAUUAUUUAUGGUAUUAUAAUAUAGAUUAUUGUGUUAUUAAAUGAUUUGACAGAAAAUUUAUAUUUUAUUAAUUUUAAUAGUAGGCUCCUAUUUUUUUUUAUUUAUAUAUUAUUUACUCAUACAUUGGUGUGAAGAU